AUGUCCAACGUCGUCGACCUCCUCGGCCUCGUCCUCACUCAGCCCCUCGACCUCGUCCUCGCUCACCUCCUUGGCUUCGACCCCGCUCAUCUCCUCAGGCUCGCCUUCGCCGAUGAGGCACAGGUUCAGCCGGACCCCGCCCCGACGACGCCCGCCGCGCCCGCCGCGCCCGCCGCUGCGCCUCCUCCCGCAGCGGCUCCGUCCCAGUCCUCCGCCGUCCCCGCCGCAGAGGACCCGGUGCUCCGCUUCUGCGCCGACGCCGGGCUCUCCGCAGACCUCGCCGUGCGGCUGCGCGAGCUCGGAAUCAACGACGACAAGACCAUGCGCGUGCUCGGGCGCUCGUGCCAGGAUCCCGGGAAGAAGGACGAGAUGAAGCGCGACUUAAAGGAGGCUGGGUUUGAUUGGGCUCAGCGGUGGAUCAUCGUGGAGGGCCUCAUGAAGCGCGCGGAGUGA